ACACCUGCCUGAACUGCUGUGAACAUCUUCACCAGCGCUGUCAUGCUGUAGCUAAGCCCGGCAAGGGAAAUGCUGCCUUUGCUGAAGUGAUCCUUCAGUUGCUAUUCUUAGCUGCUGUUUAAGUUGCUCCAAAGUUGGCUUUAAUGAGUUGUGCUUGUGCCUGAGCAUUUAGAGGUGAAAGAGAUGUUGCUAACUGGAGUUAGGUAUUAUUCACAAGCAUGUUCCUCAUUUGGGCUUACUUUCUUUUUCCAUGAUAGUCUGUAUGGGAUACACCAAUUCUUUCCUUUGUAGUCUGUACAGGAAGAAUGCAAGGAAAAAGAACUGUGCACCAUUCUUUAUGCCCUUGAUGUGGCACAAGCUGAAAAAUGCUGUGCACAGUAUGGGUGCAAAACUAGAAGGGUCUCUAAAAUCAAGUUUUGGAGCUCCUAAAAGACGCAGACCUGCGCGCUCAAUAUUUGAUGGCUUUCGGGAUUUUCAGACAGAAACCAGCUGUGCAGUUCGACAGGAACAGGAGCUACGAAACGGAGGAGCGGUAGAUAAGAAACUCACUACUCUAGCAGACCUCUUCAGACCUCCCAUUGAUCUGAUGCACAAAGGCAGCUUUGAAACGGCCAAGGAGUGUGGUCAGAUGCAGAACAAGUGGCUCAUGAUAAACAUUCAGAAUGUGCAAGAUUUUGCCUGUCAGUGUCUCAACCGUGAUGUUUGGAGCAAUGAGGCUGUGAAGAACAUAAUCCGGGAGCAUUUCAUUUUUUGGCAGGUAUACCAUGACAGUGAGGAAGGACAGAGGUACAUACAGUUUUAUAAAUUAGCAGACUUCCCUUAUGUUUCCAUCCUGGAUCCCAGGACAGGUCAGAAACUAGUGGAGUGGCACCAGCUGGAUGUGACUUCUUUCUUGGACCAAGUGACUGGGUUUCUGAGUGAGCAUGGGCAGCUGGAUGGCCAUUCUACCAGCCCUCCCGAAAAAUGUUCUCGUUCAGAGAGUCUCAUUGAUGCCAGUGAGGACAGCCAGUUGGAAGCUGCUAUCAGAGCCUCGUUACAGGAGACACAUUUUGAUUCCUCACAGGCCAAGCAGGAGAGUCGGUCAGAUGAGGAGUCGGAGUCAGAGCUUUUCUCUGGAAGUGAGGAGUUUAUUUCGGUUUGUGGAUCUGAGGAGGAGGAGGAAUCGGAGAAUCCUGCCAAGUUGAGGAAGUCUCCACACAAGGACUUGGGGUACAAAAAAGAGGAGAGCCGAAGGCCUCAGCCUGAACCCCCUGCAAGGACUGAGCCUGGGACAACAUCAAAUCACAGAGUACUGCCCUGCAUUGAUGCAGGGAUACUGGAGGAGUCAACUGACAAGCCUGAAAGUACGUUCCAGGGCCUAGAUGUAAAUGGACCAAAGGCACAGCUGAUGCUAAGGUAUCCAGAUGGAAAGAGGGAACAGAUUUCACUGCCUGAACAAGCUAAACUUCUGGCUCUUGUGAAACAUGUCCAGUCAAAAGGAUAUCCCAAUGAACGUUUUGAACUUCUCACCAACUUCCCUCGAAGGAAACUCUCCCACCUGGACUAUGAGAUCACAUUACAGGAAGCAGGCCUGUGUCCUCAAGAGACUGUCUUUGUGCAGGAAAGGAAUUAGCACCGUGGCCUGAGUUCUCCCAGCCUUCCUUCCCUCUCCUCUUUGCCUGGGACACCAACUCAUUAAAUAUGCAGUUGAGAGUCAUAGGAUUGCAGUGCUGAAGUCAGGCAGGCAGCUGACUGGCCCUUCUCUCUCUUCUUCCCUUCUCUUGCUCUAGUGACCAAAUGAGAGUGUUCAGAGUUUUAUUUUCUUCCUCAGCUUAGGCCCUGCAGAGAGCAUUGGGAAGAAUAUCUUUCCUUUGCUUCAUGGAAUUAAGUAAAGCGAUGAUCUGUGUAUCCGGUAUGUUGGGGCUUGAAGAGGCGACAAUACACAUACCCUUCUCGCUGCUAUUCUUAAACCUGUUUUGUUUAAUUUAUUUUUUAAAAUAGUGUGUGAUAAGGCACUGAGUCAUCUCUCUGUAAGGAGGGUGUGAUCUUCAGUAGAGUCUUUCCUUUGUUUUGAUGCUCUACACAAAAGGUCUCCAUUAACCUUACAGCCUUCUCAAGGGUUAACUUACGUAGCGCUCUGUGAAAACUUGGUUUUGGGGGAAGGACUUGAGUUGAGCUGUGGUGAGAUAUUCUGCCCCUCUCUAAUUUAAAGAUUGCAUGCAUGUUUUCCUCCUGCUUUGAAAACUGCCAGUGGACAUAGUAAAAAAAAACAACCAACCCCCGAAAAACCAACUGUACUCUAUAUGGUAUUGACUGCUUAGCCCAAAGGAAAAGCUGCAUGUCCACUGUUGCAGCAGAACUGACUCUUUGGUAGAAGUUGUUGGGGUUUCCAUUUGUUCUUUUCCCAGCAUCCCUUAAGUGUCUCCUUUUUACUUGCUCUCAGGAUUUUCCAAAUUACAAUAGAAGGUGGCAAAAUACUGUAAAGAUCUUGGAGUCUCUGGAAAACACCUGACAUAAAAACUUGGCAGUUAGUGGCUUUUUUUCUGUGAUGGUGUUUCGUUUUCCACAGGAAUGACUGGCUUUGCAGGGGUUUUAGAGCACUGGUGGCAGUUGAGCAGGACAGCAAGUCCUAGGCAGGUUCCUUCAUUAAUUAAAAACAUACACAGCCAUGUCAAACUGUGAAAGGAAUUAAUGCUUUGGGAAAGACUCGCAACCCAGUGGCUUGAAGGCUCUGGGCUGCUUUUUAUUCUAUUUCAUGUUCAUCUACCAUCUAAAUCCAGAAGGCUGUAUGGAAAGCUACUUCUUCUUUUCAGCUCUGGAAGCUGGCACCACAAGUCAUGCAGGCUUAUCACUGGGCCAUGCAGAGUGCUCUACUUUUCUGGUGUCUUCUCUAGACCUAGAGCUGUUGAUCAAUUGGUGUUAUAAUAGGUCUUACAGUGGGAUAAAAGUUAACUAACACAGUCACCCUCAAGAUGGAUGUCAAAUUAGUGUAUUUACAACUAAAAACUCAGUUUAGUGUCCUCUUAAUCAAUGAGGGGGAAAAAGGCACAUGAGACAUACCAGAACUGCUAACCUUUUCUGCAACUGCCAGAUGAUUAUACUUGUUUAAAAAAACCCAAAACUGUAGUGAUCAGGAACUCACCGUAGACUCAAACUUUUCAAGAUACUUUGCCUUUAAUUUCAUUUGCUAGUUGGAGUCUUGAAGUGUAGGAAAUCACAGAAAAUGUCUUGCAUUCCCAUAAUAAUAUUAGCUCACAAUUGUCUUCUGCUUAUAAUUGAGGUUUUACAUGUAAUCAUACAAUUGUAUAAAUUUAUUUCCUUUCUACAUAAAAAUUAUUCUGUGUUCUACUGCAAAAUUUAGUAUGAGGAAAGCAAACUCUGAUUGCAGUUUCUUAAUCAACGGUUGAUGUGGUGUCAGAGCUCACUUCUGAUUUAUGAAGAGAGCCUGUCACGGAGGCUGCUUCCCAGCAUUGGCAAGUGAAUUACAAGGCCAGCAGAGGAGAUGGAGAUAUUGGUGUUUGGCCUGUGAAGCAGCAGUGGCACCUCUAGACCGGAUGAUCUUUCAUGUUUCUAGGAUACCCAAAUUCAUAACUCAGAAGGAAACCCUUUCCAUGUAGGUCUAAUGCUUCCCUAAGCAGGAUCAGCUGUCUAAUUGAAAGAACUGGCUUUAAUGUUUGUUGCCUUGGAACUCAUUACCUCUUCUGUGGUUAACCACAGGAAAAUUAAGGCAGGUUGCCAACAGGACACAGCACCCAACACAUGAAUAGUCCCUUCAUGUCCCUCAGGCAGGCUGGAUGGGAGCACGUUGACCUUUCCUGCUCUCCUUCCCGUGCCUGCCAGUGUAAGGCAGGGGGCCCUUGUGGUUCCACUGAUUCACUUCGGAGUUGUUGCUGGUUGGCUGUGUUUGCUGGUGGAGGGCCAACUCAUUUUUGACAGGCUUGGCUUUGUAUCCAUUCUGGGAACAUUGUUCCACAUCAGCUUUUUUAGCAGUUAAGUUAAACCUGCAAAAUUGACUCUGUCUUUUCAGUCCUAGGCCUGUUUUAUUGGUAGCUUCUCUUCUUCCAUCCUGCCCUUCCCUGAUUGUACUAAUAUACAUGGGGCUAGGCUGUGGUUGAAGCAAUCCAAUACAAAAUAGCUAAUGUCGCUGAAAACAUUAACCAAGUUGCCUGUGACAGCUUGUAGCAGUGAAGGUGUGAGCUACUUGGGCUCUAUUUAUGAAGAGCUUUUGUCACAGUUGCUUCUAGAUGUUAAAUCUCAAGGUCAAAUUGCUUUUGACAAGACUGGAAAAAAUGUCUUAAAUCUCUUGAUUGCAAAAUGCUGAAAUACGAAGGACGAAGGAAAAAGAUUCUUCAAAGGCUGUGGUUAAUGGCUUCCUGUGGGUGUUGCUUGGCUGUAUUUUGCAUGUUGUGUUGCAAGGACUGCCAUGAGUUUGGAGGAGCAGAAGUGCAUCUAGACAGUGGAAUUCUUUCUGGGUAGAGAACUAAACAGCUAAUGUGCUUCAAGCUGUAGCUUCUUGCUGCUUGCAAAGAAGUUUCCUUUGCAUGUGUUCUUCAUCAAACAAUGCUUUGUUUUGACAUUUACUGUCUAACUGCAGCUAAGAGUCACAGUCACAACCAGUAUUUGUAAACAGAAGGCAAACUGAGCGCUGGCUUUCCCUGCCAGCUGCUGUUAACACAUUUACAGUUGGCUUCCCACUUGUGAUCCUUCAGAGGCCCAAGAAGGAUUUUGGGCCUUCCUAAUGAUACAUACUGUAAGCUGAUUGACCAGCUUCAACCUCACAGCAUUCUUUACUGACAUUAAAAGGGCAGAUAAAGGCCGUGCCAAACAUUUCUGGGCAUACUUGUGUUAUUUUUAUUAGGCUUUGAAUUAAGGUCUGCGAUUUUUACACUUCUGACAUUCAUGGACUAAAGUUACACUUCCUGAUAAAUCAAGUAAGUUGACAACACCAAUAUUAAAGAAAUAUCCAUGUAUGUGCAUAAUAGCCUUGUAAAAUGUAGUUGUCUAUAAAAAGGCAUCCAAAGGUAUCAUUGUUCCAAAGGAGAUUUAGACAGCAGUUUUACAUCAGCAUACUUUCCAGAGCUCACUAGAUCUCCUGCUUUGCUUUUACAAGAGAAUAACACCUCUCAUCUGCAGAGCACAUCUGUUGUUCGCUGCUGCAAACAUCUUGCAUUUCUCAUGGUCCACUGCUUUCAAAGCUGAGUUUUUCAAAGGCUACCAAUUCCACCAGCUUAUACCAGCUUCCACAUCUGCUGCUUUGUCCCCUGGCAGAAACUAGGAGUUGGUUUUAGUACAUGUUUUAAUAACGCAUGCUCACUGUUGAAAGGCCUGAUUUCUCUAAUUUCCCUUCUUACUGGAGCACCAAGCUUCUUUGCAGGGGCACAAAAGCAGCAGGGGCCAAAGUAAAAGCAAGGCAUUACUUAGGCUGCAUUUUGCCAGAUACCAAAUGCAUAAAAUGGGGCAUUUGUGGUGGUUUUCUAAACCACACAGACACACAUAACAGAGACCUGUGUGGAAUGUCCAUGUGAAUGGGAAGAUGCAUGUGAUUUCAGGAGCUUAUUGGUUAACUUUUGUCCCUUCUUAGUUUUUAGUAAAUGACACUACUUUCUUUUUUAAUCCGUUUUUAGUCUCAUUAGUAAAUAGGUGGUGCUAUAUUCCAAGAGGAGAAGGGAUAGCAGAGAUGUGCUUUAAUUGGGUGAGAUGCAAAGUCUCAGUCCCUUGAAGACUGAGUGUGCCUUUUCUAGGUGUUGUAAUAGAUUUGAAUGCAGCCCCUCCUUUUAUUUAUUUUAACAAACUAUUUCCUACGAAUGGAACAACAGCUACUGUUCUAAAGGCAAACCAAAACUGUUUUGAGCCCUAUAUUGGUCAUCUACAUUGUUGGAAAUAGCCGCAGGUGCGUGUUUGGAGAUAACCUGACCAUAGGUGUGGAGGUCUGUGCUUGACAUCCUGCACAGACAGUCCUGUUGAGGUUUUCUCUGUCCAAGCCCAAGAUCUUACCACAGUUUGGUGGUACUCUGUCUGCCCCCAAACCGGUGAGGUUAAUGGAUACCCUUUCUGUGAUGUACAGGAUGACUUUGUUUUCCUGUGUCCUCUUGUCCGUGAGAUGCUUAGUGUCUGUCCACUCCCAAUAAAUAUAGCCAUAUGUAUAUACAUAUGUAUACACACACGUGUUUUUAAUUGGAGAAUGUGGCACUUAACAUCAGUGCCUCAACUUGCCUCAGUUUAACCUUCUGUUGUUUUACAUGGGUAUAUUAUGAGUGAUUGCAGAAGUUUGGGAUUUGGUCACUGUCUUUAAUUACUGUGAGUGUCUGCAGUACAGAGAAAAGUAACUUUGUACCUGCUCCUUAAAUGGUGCUGAGACUUUAAGGUAUAGAAGGAUAGCCAGUAAAAGUACAUGGAGCAGGGGGAUGAGGUGCUAUUUUAUAGAACAGAUUUAUAUGAAGAACAUCUGGGUAAAACACAACUCGGAUGUGGUGCGUCGUCAGACACACCGACCAUAGGACAGAUGAUUUUUUUAAACGAGGCUUUCCUCUCAUUGGUGACCAUAGAGUUUCAAAAUUCUGACUUGGCCUGUCAGUUUUUACAGUAGGCACUUUCUUCUUCAGUGAUGGCAACUUCAUAUGAGAGGAGGGAGAGGAUUAAUUCAGAAGAUUUCAGCUCACUGUGCUGGGAGGGACCAAACUCAAGGAAACCUCUGAUCUAUAUACACAACUGCUGCAUUUUUUAUAAAUAUAUGUAAAUGUCCUAUUGUAAUAUUUGAUCCUGGAAAUAAAACAAACUGUUUUAAGUA